AUGUCUACCUCCUCGCUGCGCCGACAGAUGAAAAAUAUAGUCCACAAUUAUUCUGAAGCUGAAAUCAAAGUGAGGGAAGCUACAUCGAACGAUCCAUGGGGUCCAUCUAGCUCUCUCAUGUCUGAGAUUGCAGAUCUCACCUACAAUGUUGUGGCAUUCUCUGAAAUUAUGAGCAUGAUAUGGAAGCGGCUUAAUGACCACGGGAAAAACUGGAGACAUGUGUAUAAAGCUAUGACGCUAAUGGAGUACUUAAUAAAGACAGGUUCUGAACGGGUUGCACAGCAGUGUAAAGAAAACAUAUAUGCUAUUCAGACCCUGAAAGAUUUCCAAUAUGUGGAUAGAGAUGGGAAGGAUCAAGGUGUGAAUGUUCGAGAGAAAGCCAAGCAGUUAGUGGCUUUGUUAAAGGAUGAUGAAAGGCUAAAGGAAGAAAGGGCACAUGCCUUGAAGACCAAGGAGAAGCUAGCACAAACCUCAACAUCAUCUUCUGCAUCAACAAUGAACCCAGCAACAGAAGCAGAGCAGGCAUGGCCUCAGAGCAGUGGGGAGGAAGAACUGCAGCUGCAGUUAGCUCUGGCCAUGAGUAAGGAAGAAGCGGAGCAGGUAAGAGCAAAGAUGUGUCCAAUGUCUCUUAAAGUUAGAAGAUCUGAAGCUGAGCCCCCUGCUGCGUCCGAAGACGAAUUGCAGCUUCAGCUUGCACUUAGCUUGAGCAAAGAGGAACACACGACAAGGAGGAGAGAAUAAGGAGAGGGGAUGACCUCAGACUCCAGAUGGCCAUUGAAGAAAGCAAGAAGGAGGCUCCAACCAAACCGGAAGAGUCUUCCCUAAUGGACUUGGCAGAUGUCUUUAGCUCUCCACCUGCUGCAGCCGCUGCACCAGAUCCAUGGGGAUCAACAUCUGCUCCUUCCACAGACCCUUGGGCAGGGGCAGUUACAACGUCUGCAGCACCUGUCGUGUCUGACCCGUGGGGAGGCCCUCCUGUGGCUACAGGUGCAAGCACAGAUCCGUGGGGUGCUGGUGCCCAGUCUGCCAGUACAGCUAGUGACCCAUGGACAGGGAAGCCAGCUGUUUCUUCCAACGAAGCCAAGUCUGUCUCCGAUCCAUGGAAUCCUGGGGGUGCCACAACUACUGGCGGUGUACAGGCCAAAGAUCCUUGGUCCUCAAGUCCAUCCAUGGCAGCUAAACAGACUACAGACCCUUGGGCUCCUGCUACAACAUUUUCUGAUCCUUGGGGGGGCUCACCUUCUAAACCAAGUACGAAUGGGACCAUAGCCAGUACCAACUUUGACCAGUUCAUCAGUUCUGCAGAUAAGGAUGAGUUUUCGGAUUUUGACAACCUGAGGACCACCCUUCCCCAGUCAGGAAGCAGCACAGGUGAGCUGGAUCUUCUGGCUGGAGAAGUUCCAAUGUCUCGCUCCCUUGGAUCAAGGAGUCCUGAUGCCUUUGACAUGGCAGCAAUGAGCAGCUCGCUUUCAGAAAGUUCCAAGCCAACCCGGAAAACACCAGAAUCUUUCCUUGGGCCUAACGCUGCCUUAGUAGAUUUGGACUCCCUUAUUUCAAAACCCACAAUACAAAAUACAAAGACCUCCAAUCCCUUCCUAGUAACAGGAGCACCCAGUUCGACCACAACAAAUCCAUUCCAGAGCAACCAACAGUCAUCUCUUACUUUGAACCAACUUCGUGCCAGCCCCGUGAUGUCAAUGGGACAGCCAGUUACACCAGCUGGACAAGCACCUGCAGCAAUCCCAUUUAGUUCUGUCCCCCCCAUGGUGUCAGUAUCCCCGUUAGCCCCAGGAAUUCCUUUAGCCAAUGUGUCACCAGUGGUUGGAAUGAGUGGCCUCCCAGCUGCGGCGGUGCCUCCUGGUGUACCUCCUAUGAGCUUGCCUACUAUGAUGCCACCACAGCAGUUGGUGACACAGCCCAUUGUCCCCAAUCUAUCUUCACAAGCUGUGACGAGUGCUACCAAUCCUUUUCUGUUGUGA